AUGGCGCGAAAUAGAAAUGCCGAACGCAUAGCUGUGCGACAGAAAACGGAGGCCAGCCAUUCUGGGCCUGCCCCAAUUGAAUCUUCACAACCCGUUAUGGUAAAAGAGACGGCUCAAGUUGUUUCAGCCGAGUUAGAUAAGGUGGCCAAACAGCAUAUCCCUGAAGAAAGGCUGAUACAAGAAGAGCAGAGCAAAAAACAUACCGCCGAGGGAGAGGCCGGCUCAGAGGAGAGCCCUGCUGACAAAUGGCCUCGUCUAGAGGAAUCGGAUGUGGUUGUUCCUUUCGUUAUUCAACCGAAGAUCAAAAACACGCCGAUCUCCUCUGACGCGUCUGCCUUGAAGGAUCCAGCUACGGUUGGAAGGAUAGUCGAACUAGGCCGCCGCCAGCACGAAGCCAUUGAAAGAAUUGGCCACCUAAAGUCGAAAGCAGAAGGUGAGAGAAGCAGGGCCGAGUUCGAGGUGAUGAGAGCCGUGAUGGAAAGUGCUCAAGCCGAAGCUGAGAAAGAGAGGGCUCAAACUAUUGACCGGCUCAGAUCCGAUGCCGAGGAGAGGGCGAACGCGAGCGAGGAAUUGCUCAACUUAGCCAAGGAGGCGCUUGCUAAGAUUAACGCUGAGUUGGAAGAGUUGAGGAAGGCCAAGGAAAAAGCCGACUCUGAGGCUUCUGCGGCGCUCGAGGGCGAUCAGGGCAUAUGA